GAGAUGGUUGAAUCAAAAUAAUUCUUUUUUUGAAGUUCGAUUUCUAUCAGAGGACAAUAUGAAUGUUAUACCGUGUUCCAUUAAAACACUCAAAGGAUUAUAUGAUAUAUCGGGUGUAGAAGUAGGCCAACAUUUAUAUUGGCAAAUAGGGGCUUUACAAAUACAUGCCCAAGUACUUAUCACUUCUUGGGUCGUAAUUGCUAUCUUAUUAGGUUCAGUCAUCAUAGCUGUUCGGAAUCCACAAACCAUUCCGAGCGGUGGUCAGAAUUUCUUCGAAUAUGUCCUUGAAUUUAUUCGAGAUUUGAGCAAAGCCCAAAUUGGAGAAGAAUAUGGUCCUUGGGUUCCCUUUAUUGGAACUAUGUUCCUAUUUAUUUUUGUUUCUAACUGGUCAGGUGCUCUUUUACCUUGGAAAAUCAUACAGUUACCUCACGGGGAGUUAGCUGCGCCCACGAAUGAUAUAAAUACUACUGUUGCUUUAGCUUUACCCACGUCAGUAGCAUAUUUUUAUGCAGGUCUUACCAAAAAAGGAUUGGGUUAUUUCAAAAAAUACAUUCAACCAACUCCAAUUCUUUUACCAAUAAAUAUCCUAGAAGAUUUCACAAAACCCUUAUCUCUUAGUUUUCGACUUUUCGGGAAUAUAUUGGCUGAUGAAUUAGUAGUUGUUGUUCUUGUUUCUUUAGUACCUUCAUUAGUUCCUAUACCCGUUAUGUUUCUUGGCUUAUUUACAAGUGGUAUUCAAGCUCUUAUUUUUGCAACUUUGGCUGCGGCUUAUAUAGGCGAAUCCAUGGAAGGUCAUCAUUAACUAGUCUUCAAAAUCGUUUUUUCUUUUAAACUGAUUCCAAUUCAUGCAUGGCUCAAGAGAAUCCAAUCGGUUGGGGAACAUAAUAGAUACUGAUACAAAUAUAUAUCAUAGUAUAUUUGGUCUAAAAUCAAUCGUACGAGGAAAGAUGGACUAUAUUACGGAAUCUAAAAAAGGAUGACUUAGGGAGGUCAAAUUAGAUAUAUGUAAUGUCUAUAAGUCCAGUCCAUGUGUAUCUUUCAAAAAUGAUUCUAGAAUACCAUUCAAUAUGAAAUGCGGACAGGAUAGUACACGUUAUGGAGGAAACAAAUGUAUAUGUGAUAUUAGAUAUUCAUUAGUUAUAUAGGAUUAUCCCUAUAGAUUAUUCCUAUCUAAAAUCUAUUUUAUUUA